AUGGUGACAAUCAAGGGGUUGGAGAUUGAAUUUGUGAAAAUCUUGAAUACGUUCACAACAAUUGAUUUAUCAAGCAAUAAAUUCCAAGGAGAGAUUCCAAAGUCCAUUGGAAAUCUUAAUUCGCUUCGAGGGCUCAAUUUGUCUCAUAACAGCCUUGCAGGACAUAUCCCAUCAUCUUUCAAAAAUUUGAAGUUGCUUGAAUCAUUGGACCUCUCUUCAAACAAGCUUAUUGGGAGCAUUCCUCAAGAAUUAACAAGUUUGACAUUUCUUGAAGUUUUGAAUCUUUCUGAAAACCAUCUUACUGGAUUUAUACCUCGAGGAAAUCAAUUUGACACUUUUGGAAAUGAUUCAUACAAUGAGAACUCAGGGUUGUGUGGAUUUCCAUUGUCAAAGAAAUGCAUAACUGAUGAAGCAUCGGAAUCUUCAAAGGAAGCGGAUGCAGAGUUUGAUGGUGGAUUUGAUUGGAAAAUCACAUUGAUGGGAUAUGGAUGUGGAUUGGUUAUUGGGUUGUCUCUUGGGUGUCUCAUUUUCUUAACUGGGAAACCUAAACGGUUUGUCUGGUUUAUUGAAGAGAACAUUCACAAAAAGAUCAGAAGGUCUACAAGGAGCACUUUCAGGCUUCUCACCAUGGGUUUUCUCACCAAUAGGGAUCUAGAUGAGUGA